CAUCCGGCCAUGUCUGCGGCUGCGGGAACAGCAACGCGUCGAAUCCCUGGGGACGAAUCACUGCUGCAAUGCAGGAAACGGAAUGGCAGAGUUCAGCAAACUGUGGGAUCUUCGCAUCCGCGUCCAUAAUAUUCUCAACUUCCACCCGAGUGAUAGGGACCAGGUCAUCUCACUGACAAACAUUCUCCCGAGGAGUCUGAAAUGGUUACAUCUGUCUGACUGUCGUGAGGAUCUUUGUGACAUGCUAGUGACCAACUUGGAAGGGCUUUUGACUCAUCGGAAGGAAAAGUUCCCCAGUUUAGAACAAUUGCUGAUUUACCCUGCCGCGGUCGAGGGAAUAUCAAGGACCGCGCUUCCUGGUACAUCCGGGCCCCAGGUUCGGAUUCCGCCGGCCUUUAGGGCACGAUUUGAAUCCGUCCAGGAGUUGUGCCGUGAAGGUGGUAUCGAGUUUGAUUUUGUGUUACGUGGAUCCUACAUGAUAAGUAUCGCAAGGUCGAUGCCGCAUCGUAGCUAUUAGGAAACAGUUCGUGAUCAAUUAGAUAUUAC